UACGAUUGCAUGUCACCCUGUCACCUCUGCUUGACUGCCUUCUGCUGUCCCUGCGUCGUCUACGGACGCAAUGUCACAAGAAUGCAAAACCCAACAGACCCAGACGACUUCCCCAUUAAUCUCCCUUGUCUCUUCUACUACUUCCUCGGCUGCUUCGGUUUGCAAUGCUGCUUGGGUGCAUUCUCGCGUGUUCAGCACAGAUCGCAAAUGGGCGUGGAGGGUGACCCACUCGAAGACUUUUGUGCACACUUCUGUUGCACAACCUGUGCACUUACCCAAGAG